UUGUAUAAUAACAAACAAAAGGUUACCGGUUCGAGCCCAGGAAGACACACAAAUCUCUUGUUAUUGUGUCAGGAUGGAGGUAAAAAAAAAAAGAAAAGAAGAAAAAGUAAUCUUCCAAAUCAAGUGUGAACAUGAAAGCGGGUGAAAGCAGCCCCCUCUGUGCUCCACAGACCUGCUACAUUUGUUUUGUCGAGCAGAUGAACCGACAGAGGGCAGGAAACCAUCAAAGACACAAAGUCCAGUGUUUGCAUUUCAUAUGCGGGCAGAACAGUUUGACUUCAGCCCAUCUGUGGCCGCAUGUAGAGGAUGAAGGGGAAGCUGGCAUGCAGAGAAGAAACGGCUUUUUAGUCUCUCUGCGAAAUGUUUCAUCAUUUGGACUGUGAAGACGAGGAGGGGAACAAGGAACCAGUACACAUGGAGGGUGAGAAGGAAGGAGUCGACUCUGAGACCCCAGAAGACCUCCGACUGGUCCUUGUUGGAAAGACCGGAUCUGGCAAGAGUGCAUCUGGGAACACCAUCCUGGGCCGCAAGCAGUUUCUGUCACAGGUCAGCGCCAGCUCUGUCACUCAGAUUUGCGAGAUGGGAAACACUGAGCUCGCUGAAGAAGAUGGCUGGGCCGUCCCACAGAGGAGAGUGAGGCGACUCAUGGUUGUUGACAUGCCAGGCUUUGGAGACACUCACCUCAGUAUGGAGCAGAUUCACGCAGAGAUUGCCAAAUGCGUGUCUCUCUCUGCUCCUGGCCCCCACGCUUUCCUCCUUGUAGUGCCAAUAGGACGAUACACAGACAACGAGAACCAGGCUGUUUGUGAGCUGGCCAAGAUAUUUGGGGAGGACGCUGUAUUUAGCCAUACAGUGGUUCUUUUUACAAGGGGGGAUGACCUAGAGGGAAUGGGGAUAGAAGAAUAUCUGAACAUGACUGCACCUCCUGGGCUGAGGGCUCUGAUAGACAAGUGUGGGGGUAGGUACCAUGUGCUCAACAACAAAGACCCCAGUAACACAGCACAGGUUAAAGAGCUCUUGGUGAAGGUAGACAGUAUGGUGAGGCAGAGUAAC